AUGGAAGAUGUUGAUGAUUCAGGGCGAUUGACAAUAAAAGGCUCAUCAGAAAGCACCCCAAAACUAUCAAAAGAAAUAAAAGAUAAAGAAGAUGUGACAUGGUACUUGAAAACCUCGCAGUUGGCACUGGCUUUAGCUAUUAUCCGCUCAAAGCCGCCAGAUAAAAGCAGCAAAGAAUAUGCGCUUCACCUUGCCAAAAUAGUAUCUGGACAGGAUUCCAAGUGGAAAUUCAGAGUUGAAGCAUUAGAAGCUCAAGUUCUUUGCUUAAGGCAGCAGCUCCUUUUGAGCAAAAUUUCCUCAGGACUCUGUGUAGAAAAUAGAACUAUAGAUGCCAUAGGUGAGGCAACUCUGCUGUCUUCUAAUACAGAAGAUUGCUCAGGCCAUUUUGAAGAUUCCGGAUGUGAUGUGUCAAGCGACUGCACAGCCAGUAUGCUGGAAACCUUGCCUACUUUCAGCCACAGGGAGCCCGGUUGCAACAGCUCUGUAUCUGAGGUUUCGUCAAGUGCACCUCCAAUACUGACUUCUUAUUGUGCCAGCAAGAGAGAGUCUGUAGUUUCUCACAUGCAGUUCCUACAACAUUUUCUCAAACUGAAGAAACUGACAGAGGCUGGAGGUCUAAGAACAGACUUGAAAAAACUUGGAAGGGAUGGAUCCACGAUAUCAGACUCUUUCUCUCGGUUGCUCGAUGGCCUGGUUACUUCAUAUAGCCUUCCUGAACUGCCCUUUUCAGAUUUUAUGAGUCAGGCAGUCUGUGUCAUAACCAAGUUAUUAAAUGAUGCAGAUGUAUCCAGUCAGAUUACAGGGAGGUGUUUCAAGAAGCUGGAAGACUCUGUGAAAAGACUUGUAGCAAUUGUUUUGAACAGCAGCAACCUCAAUAGAUUUCAGAUGCAAGAUUCUAUAUCUCAUGCCCUUGUUUUGCUUGGACGAUGUAGCACGCUAAGGAACUUCACAAUAUCCCUGCUUUUCAGAGAAGUUGGCCGAUUUGCUGAUGAGCUGCAGCACGCCCAUGAGAUUCAAGCCAAGUACCAUAUGCAAUAUGAAAAUAUUUUCUUUCUGUGUAGAGUUUUGGAACAGCUUCUUGAAACGGGGUCAGAACAGGAAAACUCUACCAGUUCAAGUUGUGAUGAAGAACAGAAGAAGAAUUUUCUGCAGAACCUUGAUCAAGCUAUUUUUCACCUCUCCGAUGAAUUUCCCUUGUUCUGUAUUUAUCUAUGGCGGCUAGGCACAAUUUUAAACGCAUCGCAAAUAGAAACUGGUGAAAGAAGCUGGCCUCCUCUAUAA